GAGCACAUCAAGGAUACAGCCGCGACACCGUUCAUGAUUCAUGAACCACCAUCCCAACCUCUUCUUUAUAAGCUUCGUACGCACCGCUACGCACCGACAUUUGUAUUUCAUUGCCCAUUGCAUCCAUUCUCUCAUACUGUCAUCCAAUCCCAAGUUCUUUUAUUAAACCCUCGGUGACAAUUUCCUUUCUCACACUACAUCAUCAAUUACAUAUACAUCGUUUUUCUCCUAGGCAGCCAGCCUUUUUCUAACCACAUACAUAAUUCACAAUUCAUAAAGCUGCACGAAUCUCCCCAACUUCAUAGCUCCUUUUCAUCCCAUCGUUCCUCAUAUACAUAUACAACACCCCCAAUUUCACCCUUUGAGUCCUUUUCUUUUGAGCACAUUCGUUUAUACAAUCUUCGUCAUGCAAUUCUCCGCCUUCCUCGUUUUCGCUAUCGCCUCGUUCGUCUGUUUCGCACAGGCUAAAACUUUUCCCAAUGGACCUUCCGUUUUACGAAGAUCUGCACACAAGGGCUCUAAGUUCAGUCAUCUUCAGGUAUCAAAGAGGCAGUUGUUAGAGCGAUCGCACGAAAAACGCUCGCCCGAGCCUACCCCUACAUCAGCCAAUGGCGACAGUGAAUCGCGUCGCUUUCGACGUCAGUCAGACUCAAGCGCCUCCCUGCGAAACAAGAUCUACCAAUAUCUCACCGACUGCCACUCCGGAAUACAAGCACGAGUUGCAAACAUUCAAAGCCUUUGUGCUGCUACGACCCAAGAGAACGCUCAACAGACCGCAUGGAAGAUUGUGGCUGAAUUGCAGGCAAUCUUGGCACUUUUGGUUUCUUGCGUUGCCAGGAUCAAAGGAUGCCCUGACGAACCGACUCCUAGUGCUGUACCAGGAGUAAAUACUUCAUGUGCGCAAAUCGCUCAAUUAGUUUAUCAAAUAAUGGUAUUGCUCAAAACUUGCCUCAAGCAAAUCGGGACAACUGGCCGCCAAUUCAGCGUAAUUCAUAGCACUUGUAGCGACACAUUGAAUCAAGUUUCUGGCAGUCUUUCAAACUGCGUUUCAGCCAUUGGAACGUUGGUGCCCGAUUUGUAUAGCCAAGUCACUGGAAUGCUCGGUGGUCAAAACAUGCCACAAUUCUUUCACUCUUUAGGAUACGGAAUGGACCAAGUCUUGAGCGCCCUUCAAUCUCCAGCAUGAGUUACAAUUCAAUAGGACGUCGUUAGUCGCUACUUAUAACAAUAUCAAUGUUAACAUAUUAUUUAUAUGAGAUCUACACCUCAUGAAUGUUUUUACACUUCAACCUUUCUUCUUUACAACUUUGAUCCUUGUGAAUCUUUUCUUGCCUUUGUCUCUAUGGCUAUAUUGUUUUGCAAUCACACAAUUAUGCCCUUAGUUGAUUCACAUCGUUCCCCGGACCAUUGCUGCUCAAAUCUCUCUCUCCCCAUCCCCUAUUUUCUUGAAUACUUGAAACCUUUAUUUUGCGCUACUAUAUUGUCAACUCUAAUGAUCACAUUUGUCAAUGAGCACCUUGAAUUGCCAUGUGUGUCAAGCCUUCAAAUGCCAACACAAUCCUUUUUUCCUUGUUGGAGAACGUCC